CUGUCGUAACAUAGGCUACAUGCUUAAUUAAGUACGGAAUAUAUCUUUCACGCGAUUUUCUUCUAAAUCGAUAUUUGCAACAACAACAAAAAAACAGCAAAAAAACAAACAAACAAACAAACAUGGAAAUCCAUCAUGGUGAAGAAAAUUGAACUUUAAAUUCAUUUCUUUUAAACGACUCGCAUUACAAACACGCUCUGUACAUGUAGGAUUUGCACAGGAGCAAGUUUGGGAUCUCGAGAAACGUGCACAGGUUGACAGCGCAUUAGAGCAGAGAGCAGAGAGCAGAGAACUGCGCAGUGAGCCUUUAGAGCAUUGCCGGUUGUGUUUCAUUGUCUGUUACCUUGCUUUCGCCUAUUGCGUUUUAUUCAAAAACUGCUUGCUUUUAGCAUUUAUAUGGUAACGGGGAGAACCGCUUACACUGUUGGCUUCUGCGUGAUCGUCGCUUGGAAGAAAAUAUCUCAAUUUACGUACUGAAUUGCUUCAUGUUCUCUACCCUCCCGAAGCUGUGCAGAGCAGCUUCAACAAGCAGGAUCGAGGGGACCUCUUUUCAGAGGAGGCACUCAUAUGUACCUGCUUUCCUGCCAGUUUUCGUUUGAAAGGAGAGGGAAGAGAAAACCUUGGACAGACGUGUGAUGCGCAAACCUUAAUCAGAUCCAACACGAGGAUACUUUGAAUAUCUCCAACUGUUUAAUGCGGAUGUAAUACUCUAUCUAUUUUAUCGACAUGCAUCAAACAGUAUAAAGGACAGUAGGCUACCGGACGGAACGAUGAAUAUUAAGGGCCGUUUUCUUUUUAGCUAGACAGCUAUAUAGAAAUACUUUGUAUGCGCUACUGAAAAGAAAAAACUUAUUUUUGAAAAGAAAAAUAUCAGACAAGCAAAAACACGGACAACACAAGGGGCACGCGCGGAUGAGCUAGAAGCGCUCCUGUGAGAUGCAGUCGCUUGGCUGAAAGGAAUGUGAAGCAGAGGGAAUUUAAACACUGAGCUGAAGCUUCACAGAGCACACAUUAAAGCAACAAGAGCAGGUGCAGAGGCAUGUACAAGGGCGUCGUAGUGGGGGAAAAAGUGGGACUGACUACCCAGGGCCCGAAUGGGGGGAGUGCCCUCGAAAAGCCUGGAAUGAUGCGUGAGAGACAUGGAUCAAGAGAGGAAGGGGGCCCACAGAGACUGCUUUUGUAUAGGGCCCAGAAUUUUGUGCUACACCCCUGGACAUGUGUAUGUAUUUUCUGUAAAUUGUUUAACUAAUUGCCCUGUGGGAAUUUGAAUGUGGUUUGUCCCUCCACUGUAGCGGCAGGCUGAAGAGUAUAAAAGCCAGUCUGUGUGGGACUGCGGGCGGGGAUUGGUCUGUGCAAGCGCUGUGAAGUAUCGCCAUCAGUGAGUCACAUGUUUUGCAACUGUGUGCCGGGAAGAGACUAGCAAAGCGGAGGGGGUCUGGUAGUGGAGGAGGGCUACGCACAAGUCGAUUGGCUAUCCCUACGCUGACUGCUUCCUGCCGCUCCAAGAUGGAUUAGAGACCUGUGCCUCCAGGGACCGAAGACGCUACAUGUGCCGACAGCCUUCUCUGGGAACAGCCAACCACAGAUGACUGGAUUAUACAUACCAUGGCUGUGAGAGGGACAGGAAGCAGGCCUUGUUUAUGCACCUUGAUAAAAAGGAAUUUCUGUGGCUGUGACAGGGGGACCCCUGGGCGGGGCUGGACCCAUGAGGAGUUCUAGAAGAUGGUGGCAGUCGGGGCGUCUCUGCUCUUCUUCGCCAUGUGGGUGAGAACCACCACCAGCCUACCGCUCUCCUUCAGAAUAGCCGCCAUUCUGGAUGACCCCAUGGAGUGCAGCCGGGGGGAGCGCCUGGCCAUCACGCUGGCCAAAGAGCGCUUCAACCGCGCCAGCAACCGCUCCACGACAGGCAAGCUGGAGGUGGACAUCUUCGAGCUCCUGAGGGACAGCGAGUACGAGAUGGGCGAGACCAUGUGCCAGAUUCUGUCCAAGGGGGUGGUGGCAGUCCUGGGGCCGUCUGCCAGCCCAGCAUCGAACUCCAUCAUCAGCAACAUCUGCGGGGAGAAGGAGGUGCCCUAUGUAAGGGUUGCCCCUGAGGAUAUCCUGAAGGUGCAGUUCCCCCGCUUCACCACCCUAAACCUGCGGCCCACCAACACGGACGUCAGCCUGGCCGUCGCUGGCCUCCUCAGCUUCUUCAACAGCACCACUGCUUGCCUCAUCUGUGCUCAGGCUGACUGCCUGCUAAACCUGGAGAGGCUGCUGCGCCAGUUCCUCAUCUCCAAGGAAACGCUUUCGGUACGCAUGCUGGACGACAGCCAGGACCCCACGCCGCUCCUCAAAGAGAUUCGCGAUGAUAAGACUGCCACCAUCAUCGUGGACGCCAAUGCCACCAUGUCCCACAUUAUCUUAGAGAGGGCAUCUGAGUUGGGGAUGCUCUCUAUUUACUACACCUACAUAUUCACAUCUCUGGAGUUCUCCCUGCUGCGAUUGGACGAUGUGGCCGACCAGCAUGUCAACAUUGUUGGUUUUUCUGUCUUCAACCGCACACACCCCUUCUUCCAGGACUUUCUACUCAGUCUCAACCGGUCCUGGCAGGAGAACUGUGACCAUGCCCCCUUUGCUGGGGCACCGCUCUCCUCCGCCCUGCUGUACGACGCGGUUCACACGGUGGUUGCCGCCGUGCAGGAGCUGAACCGCAGCCAGAACGUGGGAGCCACGCAGCUCUCCUGCAAGUCCUCCAAGAUCUGGGAGCACGGAACCAGCCUGAUGAAUUACCUGAGGAUGGUAGAAUUGGAAGGUCUAACCGGGCACAUUGAAUUCAACAGCAAAGGCCAGCGUUCCAACUACGCCUUGAGGAUCAUGCAGAACACCAGAGAGGGGCUAAGGCAGAUUGGCCAGUGGCAUUCGGAGCAGGGACUGUCUAUGGAGAAGAAGCUGCCUUCUUUAAAUGUGACAGAUACACUCUUCAACACCACCCUCAUCAUCACCACCAUCCUGGAGAACCCCUAUGUGAUGCUGCGGCACAACCACCAGGAGCUGCAGGGGAACGAGCUCUACGAGGGCUUCUGCAUAGACAUGCUGAAGGAGCUCGCCGACAUCCUCAAGUUCAAGUACCAGAUCCGCCUGGUGGGCGACGGCGUGUACGGCGUCUCUGGCACCAACGGCACCUGGACGGGCAUGGUGGGGGAGCUCAUCUCCAGGAAAGCUGACCUUGCGGUUGCUGGCCUAACCAUCACGGCAGAGAGGGAGAAGGUCAUCGACUUCUCCAAGCCAUUCAUGACGCUGGGCAUCAGCAUUAUGUACCGAGUUCACCUGGGUCGCAGGCCGGGGUACUUCUCCUUCCUGGAUCCCUUCUCUCCAGGCGUGUGGCUGUUCAUGCUGCUGGCGUACCUGGCCGUCAGCUGCAUCCUCUUCCUGGUGGCCAGACUCACCCCCUAUGAGUGGUACAAUCCCCACCCCUGCCUGAGGGGGCGCUGUAACCUCCUCAUGAACCAGUACUCUCUGGGAAACAGUUUCUGGUUCCCUGUGGGGGGAUUCAUGCAGCAGGGUUCCACCAUCGCCCCCCGAGCCCUGUCCACACGCUGCGUGAGCGGAGUCUGGUGGGCGUUCACGCUGAUCAUUAUCUCCUCCUACACGGCGAACCUGGCGGCCUUCUUGACCGUGCAGAGGAUGGAGGUGCCCAUCGAGUCUGUGGACGACCUGGCUGACCAGACCGCCAUCGAGUACGGCACCAUGCACGGAGGCUCCACCAUGACCUUCUUCCAGAACUCACGGUACCAGACGUACCAGCGCAUGUGGAACUUCAUGCACUCCAAGCAGCCCAGCUUGUUUGUGAAGAGCACGGAGGAGGGCAUCGCCCGUGUGCUCAACUCCAACUACGCCUACCUGCUGGAGAGCACCAUGAACGAGUACUACCGCCAGCGCAACUGCAACCUCACCCAGAUCGGCGGCCUGCUGGACACCAAGGGCUACGGCAUCGGCAUGCCUGUUGGUUCACUCUACAGGGACGAGUUUGACCUGGCGAUCCUCAAACUACAGGAGGACAACAGACUGGAAAUUCUGAAGAGAAAAUGGUGGGAUGGGGGCCAGUGUCCUAAAGAGGAGGAUCAUCGUGCAAAAGGGCUGGGUAUGGAGAAUAUCGGUGGGAUCUUUGUGGUGCUGGUGUGCGGCCUGCUGGUGGCCAUUUUCAUGGCCGUGCUGGAGUUUGUGUGGAUGCUUCGGAAGACGCCUGGAGCAGAGGUGUCCGUGUGUGAGGAGAUGUUUCGGGAGCUGCAGGGGAUCGUGCUGUGCCAGGACAGCCUGCAGCUGCGUCGCAGGCGGGGGGCAGGGCUUCUGCGGACACGGUCCCUCCCCCUGGAGGAGCGCAGGGCUCGGGCGUCGGCCGCAGGGGCAGGGCUCAGCAACGGGAAGCUGUGCGCCGGCUUGGGCAUCGCCCCGCCCGAACCCCUGUCCCACCGGCUGGCCCAGGAGGCGGCCCUGGUCAUGCGCAGCUGCGGCCACGCCCGAAUCUGCCCCGAGUGCCGGCGCUUCCAGGGCCUGAGGGUGCGGGCGGGGGGGGCGGCGGCGUCGCCGGCCCACAGCGAGGACAGCGUUGAGUGGGACAAGGCCUCCAACAGCAGUGAACCCGAAUAGCCCUGGGGCAAGGGCCGAGUACGGGCCCCUGAGCUGUUGGGACAGGGCGGCCUGCUCCACAUUUGAGUUUUUUCGGAAGGGCCUGAGCCUGGUCAGGCGGGUUCAGCUGCUGCUCCCUGGGUUCCCAUGGAUACCGUGGUCAUGGGACCCUCUGGACCCAGUGACGGAACUCUGGUGAGCGGCGUUCACCUGGCUGUGAGAGGGGAAUGUCCUCUCCAUGGGCUCUCCCAGGUCCUCCCAGAGCACAACGCAGAGGGAUGGCAUACUAUGCAGAACUCUGUCUUUUUUACCGCUUAAAUCUUUUUUUGUUUCUUUUUAAAAAGUUAUUUCCCCUUAUUGUUUUAUCACUAUCCUUGUUACUGAUGUCAGAAUGAUCACAGCUUAAUUUGGUAUUGGGGAUAGACAACCUUUCCUCUUCAUUGUAAGGGAAGGACUUAUAAGUAGUCUUACUUAAAGUGCCAUAAACUGUGUGAGUGACAACAGCACAGCUUUGAACAGAUGACAUCAAACAAAACACAAGCUGAGUAUACAAGGACUUUUUAACAUAGGAGAUAUUCUAUAUUAAUAGGUUUUAAAUACAUUUCAGAAACAUGCAUGACAGAAGAUCAAGGUGUUGGAAGGGUGAAGAUCAGUGUGGUUUUCCUGGUUUUAAAAUCUGCUCAGUAACACAGAUUCCAUUGCACCAUCAGAAAUGUUCUUCUCCUCUCAUUUUUUCAUUUGUCCUGCAUUCUGCAGUCUUGCUCUCUCACCUGUUCCCAUUUCACAUAGCUUUUGUCAUGAUUUUUCAUGGCCUAUUCAUCUUCAGUUCAUGUCUUCAGCCUGUUCCAUAUCUUUCCAUUUUCUGGUUCACAGCUUCCUCGGUCUGAUUUGGACAUGUUAAUAUUACACUUUGUAAAUGUUACCAUGCAGAAUGUGCAAUCUAACACAUACUGUGUCUUUGCUGUAUAAUUGUACAGUCCAAUGCAUAUAUUAUGUUAUACGGAUUGAGAUGUAAAUGUUUAACGGUGAUGAGCCAGAGUGUGUGUGACUCAUAAGAAAGUGCCCGAUCUUCCGCUCUACUUCAGUUAAAGAUGUGUUCAUCACGUUGAAAUGGUGCACCUCAGACACAGGCGACUCUCACACCUUGGGGUGCAGAGGCGGCUGUGUCUGUUUCCCAUAAUGCCUCACAUCCUCUGAACCAGCUGCUCAAACAAGCGAAUGAGUGCAGAGUCUCUACUUACAUGUCAUUCUUACCUGUUCAAACGAUUAAGGUUAUGCGUAGCAUAAUCAAUGUGUCAUUUACAGUAGCAUUAAAUAAUACAAGCUUCUGAUUAAUGUACGAGUCACUGCUGCCAGACCAGGGCUCUGGCUCCACUCCUUCUGUGACUCACAGACUCACUAGGUUUCCCCUGGUACAGAUGCUCACCAUUUUGAACCAUUUUCCAUUUUCGCAUCUAAUUCCGCUUUCCUUUUUCCAUUUCAAAUUUUUCUGUGUGUUCUUCCCUGGAGGCAAAGUAAAUUCCGACCACUUGAAUAUGCUUCCUUGCAGUGUGAAUAACUGUAGAUGAAUAAGUAAUGUGUUUUGUUCUAGUAGAGGUCGAUCCUGUGACAGGUUGCUUUGGUUUUGCUCUGUGACAGUCGUCUGGAAGUUUGGAGUUGGUUUGGAGGGAAGGCGAGGCGAACUGCAUACAUCUCCACGCAGAGACUCCUGUGUAAAGGCGCUGCAUCUUCGGUGUGUAAACACAGUCACUGUGUGAGGGUGUGCUCGGUCAAAACUUCCCAGUCCAGGUCCAGGAAUAACCAUCUGAGCAAAUUAAAAAUGUCCUCUAUUAACCUGCUGUGUAUGAGCCAUGUCCCUGGAAUGUUAAAUAUGCACCUUGAAAAUGUGCAAAGUACAAACAUUACCACAAGCUAUCGUCACAGAUAAUGGUUUCCUCUGAACAUUUUAAUAACUCUCAGAAUGCAAACAGAAACCACUGCAGGGAGGCUUAGCGGACUGGCCAAAGAGACUGGCUAUUUAUGAGAAUAUUAAUAUGAGGUAGAACAGCUAUCUAACAAGUGUGUUUAUUCUAGUGUCUUACGGUGUAGACUUGAUGUGCUGGUUUAAACUGUGGUUCGCACAGCAUGUGUUCCUGUAUGAAUUUUCAGUAUACUUAAAAUGCUAAACGAUUGAAGCCGUGGCACAUUAUAAUGUAAAUAUUAAAAUGGUUGGUUAAUAUUUACAGCAGUCUGCCAAAUUUAACAUCCCUAGCAAGCACCUGUGUGGAUCGUUAUUGUCCAGUGCGGUCAUCUUUGUACCAGCCUCUUGACUGACACCAUGUAAAUGAAUACCUGUCAUCAAGUAAGAGGUUAAAUGCCAAUGUCUUACAGGACAAAAAACACUAAUUUAAAAUCAAUCCAAACCCAGAGCAAUUUAUAUGGUAAUUAAUUGCAUGUACAUAGAAGGUAAGCAGAGUGGCAGCGAUUAAGGCUGAGGGCAAGUCAGAUGAAAUGACGGUGAACCAUACUGAGCAAUUCCAGGACCUGUAGUGGGGAGUUCUGUGUGAGGCUGGAUUCAGAAGCAGAUUUUUCUAUGAUUUAUUUUCCUAUGUUGUCAUUUUUAUUCUAUAUUAAAAAAAACUUUUAAAAAACA